UCUACCAAAAGUUGAGGCAGAUGAUUUUGACUCUGACGCAGAUGAUGAUAUUGAUGAAAAUUACCAAAAAGCAAGAAUAAAGAAAGAAAAAAAUAAAUCUGCUAAUGUUAAAUAUUGCUAUGAUAAAGCAAGAAACACUUACCUCGAGGAAGAUAGUGCCAAGUCUGACCCCUACCACCAGGAUCUCUACCAGAUCAGAAGAUUAGAAUCUAGACAACACUUCCAGCUUCAGCAAUUUCUAGGUAAUAAUCUGGACCUUUUUAUCUGGCAAAAAGAGCUAUUAGGUCAGACCAACCUUGUAAAGUAUCGUAUUGAUACUGGUGAUGCCCUUCCAAUUAAACAAUAUCCUUAUCGACAUUCCCUCACUGAAAAAAAAACUAUUCAAAAUGAAAUUAGUUAUAUGAUCUCUGCUAGAAUUAUUCGACUCU